GUGAAAUAGUCUUCUGUGCGACCCUGUGGCAAGAGGGAAAAAAAAUUAGGUUCUGAAGAGUUGAAGAAAGAGAUGAAUAAUGGCAGUUCUAAGGCUCCAAGUGCAAUGACUCAAGCAGAAAUUAAACUGUGCUCUUUGUUGCUACAAGAGCAUUUUGGUGAGAUUGUAGAAAAAAUUGGAGUCCACCUAAUCAGAACUGGGAGCCAGCCACUUAGAGUAAUUGCCCAUGACACAAAAGCAUCACUGGACCAGGUGAAAAAAGCCCUUUGUGUCCUCAUUCACCAUAACCUGGUCAUCUAUCAUGUGCAUAAACGCGGUGUGGUGGAGUAUGAAGCCCAAUGCAGCCGGGUACUGCGGAUGCUUCGGUACCCCCGGUACAUCUAUACUACCAAAACGCUGUAUGGUGACACUGGAGAGCUGAUUGUUGAGGAGCUUCUGCUGAAUGGCAAAAUGACAAUGUCGGCUGUUGUGAAGAAAGUAGCAGACCGACUCACAGAGACCAUGGAGGAUGGCAAGACCAUGGACUACACUGAGGUGUCAAAUGCAUUUGUUCGACUGGCAGAUACUCACUUUGUACAGCGCUGUCCCCUGGUUCCUGACACUGACAGUUCUGACCCCGGGCCGCCGCCACCUGCCCCAAACCUUGUCAUUAAUGAAAAGGACAUGUACCUAGUUCCCAAACUGAGCUUGAUAGGAAAAGGUAAGAGGAGGAGAUCAUCUGACGAAGAUGCUGCUGGAGAGCCCAAGGCCAAGAAACCAAGAUACACAGAUAAUAAGGAGCCCACACCAGAUGAUGGGAUUUAUUGGCAAGUCAACCUGGACAGAUUCCACCAGCACUUCCGUGACCAAGCAAUUGUGAGCGCAGUGGCAAACCGAAUGGACCAGACAAGCAGCGAGAUUGUGCGGACAAUGCUCCGAAUGAGUGAGAUUACCACUCCCUCUGGUGCGCCGUUUACUCAGCCACUGUCCUCCAAUGAGAUCUUCAGAUCCCUGCCCGUCGGAUAUAAUAUCUCUAAACAGGUUCUGGAUCAGUACCUCACGCUGCUGGCAGAUGACCCACUAGAAUUUAUUGGAAAGGCUGGCGACAGUGGCGGAGGAAUGUAUGUCAUCAACCUCCAUAAGGCAUUAGCAUCCCUAUCCACUGCAACUCUGGAGUCUGUCAUCCAAGAGAGAUUCGGGUCUCGCUGUGCCCGGAUAUUCCGUCUGGUGUUGCAGAAGAAGCACCUGGAGCAGAAGCAGGUGGAGGACUUUGCAAUGAUCCCUGCAAAGGAGGCAAAGGACAUGCUGUAUAAGAUGCUCUCGGAGAACUUCAUAUCACUGCAGGAAAUUCCUAAAACGCCAGACCACGCCCCGUCCAGGACCUUCUAUCUGUACACCGUGAAUGUGCUGUCAGCCGCCAGGAUGCUGUUGCACAGGUGCUACAAGAGCAUAGCCAACCUGAUAGAAAGGCGGCAAUUUGAAACAAAAGAGAACAAGCGGCUACUAGAAAAGUCUCAGCGGGUGGAAGCCAUCAUGGCAUCAAUGCAGGCCACGGGUGCAGAGGAGGUGCAGCUGCAGGAGAUCGAGGAGAUGAUCACAGCCCCCGAGCGGCAGCAGCUGGAGACACUGAAACGCAACGUUAACAAGUUGGAUGCCAGUGAGAUCCAGGUAGAUGAGACCAUCUUCUUACUGGAGUCAUACAUCGAGAGCACCAUGAAGAGACAGUGACCCAGAAGAAGCCAUGCUGGGAUCGAACUCAGGGCCUUCCACAUGCUAGUCAACUGGUGUACCACUGAGCCACAUCCCAACCUUCUCAAAAGAUUAGGAAAUAGAGAAGAAGAAGGUGCUUGGAUGUAUUCUUUGCAAUGAUAUAUAUAUAUCAAUCAUUUUAUAUAUAUAUAUAUAUUUUUUUUUUUAAAUGGUUUUUCGAGAUGGGGUUUCUCGAACUCAGAGGAUCCUGCUGGGAUAAAAGGCGUACACCCCCAUUCCCAGCUACCUUGAAGACUCUCAUACUGACCCUCUGUUCCUGUCUUUCCCUGCUGCUCAUGACACACCUGAAAGAGUAUAUUCUCCUCCCAUCAAAUCCUCACGGUACGAUGAACCUUAAAUAAAUGAGAAUAAUCAUAAA